UUCUUUCUUUCCAUAUUUAAUUUGUUUAGACAUUAAUUAAAAUGUGCGGAAGCACAAGCGCGGGCUGACAGUCCUCUCAACAGCUGUGGAGAAGACGGGGCGGAAUCUCUCCUUGUCUCCGCUCCACCUAGUGGCCGCGUCCAUUUUGCCCAGGGUGGCCCGAUUUAAGGGGUUGGGAGAGGUGUCAGCUUUAGGGCUCGCAAAGUGUGGCGGCCCCAUGGCCCCGGUGGGAGGCGCCCCGCGGCUGGUGCUGCUGUUCAGCGGGAAGAGGAAAUCCGGGAAGGACUUCGUGACCGAGGCGCUGCAGAGCAGACUCGGAGCUGACAUCUGUGCCGUCCUCCGGCUCUCCAGUCCACUCAAGGAGCAGUAUGCUCAGGAGCAUGGCUUGAACUUCCAGAGACUCCUGGAUGCCAGCACCUACAAGGAGGCCUAUCGGAGGGACAUGAUCCGCUGGGGGGAGGAGAAGCGCCAGGCUGACCCAGGCUUCUUCUGCAGGAAAAUUGUGGAGGGCGUCUCCCAGCCGGUCUGGCUGGUGAGUGAUGCACGGAGGGUGUCCGACAUCCAGUGGUUUCAGGAGGCCUAUGGGGCUGCGACGCAGACAGUCCGUGUGGUGGCCUCAGAGCAGAGCCGACAGCAGCGGGGCUGGGUGUUCACUCCAGGGGUGGAUGACGCUGAGUCAGAAUGUGGCCUGGACAACUUUGGGGGCUUCGACUGGGUCAUCGAGAACCACGGAGACGAGCAGCGCCUGGAGGAGCAGCUGGAGAACCUGAUAGAAUUUGUCCACUCCAGACUUUAGUUGUCAGGUUCUAGGAGCAAGACAGGGGCUGCCAGGGUGAGGGUGGGGCUGACACCACCGGACAUGUGGUCACUGAUGCUGCCUGAGGUGCGGGAGCAGACAGAGGGCCUGGGUCUAGAUUUCAGGGGGGCUGGCAGAGGUCAGACAGGUCAAGAAACCUUUGGGGACCUCUUUUCUUUAUGGAGAGGACAGCCCUACCUCUUUAGGAGGAGGCUUAAAGGGCAAAGGGCGGUGAAUUGGCUGUGCUUGAAGCAGAAACACUACCAGCUCCACGGGUGCCAGGCCUGUCAGCCUGUGGUGACCUUGCUUCCCCAUCCGGAUGCUCUCAGCUCCUCGUUCUGGGCAGGGCCUGGGGCUCCCUAGCAUGGAUGCUAAUAAACCUCCUUGGAGCACACACUCAGAGCCAGACAUGUCUCAUUUCCCAGACGCCAGCCCAGCCUGUGUGGGGCUCAGAAGGGCCUGGGUUGUCCUGUGGCUGUGGGUUCCUGCUCUGCCUCCCACCUGGGCUGGAAUGUAUCCUGCAGAGGCUGACCUUGGCCUGUGCCACGCAGGUAACAGGUCUGUUUGUGUCAGAGGCAGGAUUGGGGUCUGAGGGUCUCGUCUUCUGGGAUGGCCCCAAGGGAGGCUCAGUGUACCACCAGCAAGUACUCAGAGGGACUAAGGCAUCAUAGAGGGGCAGAGGCACCAGAGAUCAAUGGCUCUUAGAAACCACAGUGUGGCCCUGGGCAUCAUAUCACCAUGAGCCUCAGCUUUCCCACGGGGACUUUGGACUUGACCCCUUUUAUUUAUAUAGCCUUAUACAAUUUUUCAGUUUCUUCUAGAUUCUUCACAGCCACCCUGUGAAUUGGCAAGAGAGUAUUUUCAUCUGCAUUUAGCAGAUGCCAAGACUCAGAGAAGUGAAACAGCUUGCCUGUUUAGAGGGUUAGUAAGUGUUGGUGCUCCAGCUAGCACACAGGCUGCCUGACUCCUGGCCAGGGCCCCUCCUGCCACAUGCCUGCAAAGUCCCAGGGCUCCUUGCCAUCCUCAGGCCUAGCCUGAGCAUCCCAGAUCUCUGGGCCUGGCUUUGUUCUCCUUCCACAAAUUCUGUUCUCACUGAUAAGGGGACCACCAAAGACAGAGCAUCAGUUUCAACAUGACCCAAAGUGAACUUCACACAUUCCUGCCCAAAUAUCUGCCUCCCUGGGUCACCUUUUCCUGAUACUAUUCCCUGGCUCUUGCUGUUAACCAGGCCCGACAGCCUGACAGUCGUCAUGGACCCUCCAGGCCCCUGACCGCUGUGGCUAAUUGGUCACCAGGUGCUGUCAACCUCCCCUCCCUGUGUCUUCCCUCUGGGAUUCUCUUUGGCACUGACCUCAGGUUGCUUGGCACCUUGGGGUUCACCUCUGUCUCUCCCUAGACUGAGAGCUCCUUCAGGAAUGGGCCUGGGCCUGUUCAUCUUUGGUCCCCAGUGCCUGGUCCCAGCAGGGGUGGUGACGGCAGGGGAUGUGUAAUGAUUAUUGAGUGCCCACCAUGCGCCAGAUAUCAUGUUAGGUAUUUUAAUACAUCCUCAGAAAGAGCUUUUGGAAUUAAUGAAAAAAAAAUGAAUGAAAGAAAAAGUAUUGAUCAAACUUCAAGCUUUCAGUUCGUAGUUAAGAACCAUCACCUCAAUGAUAGUUUUAAUAUUAAUAAAACAACAAUAACCACUGUGUUUUUUUCGGGAUUGCUAUUUGCCAGGUGCUAUGCAAAAGCCUUUCAUACAGAGGUAGGUGUUUUCAUUCCCACUUAGCUGGGGAACAACCUGAGGACCCUAGUGGAUCCUCCCAAGGGCACAGUAGUGACGGCAGAGCCAGCACUGGGGCUGGUUUGUCUGCCUCCCAGGCUUGUGUCUGGAAGCCCUGCAUUUUAUCGCCUUCCCCAGGGAGGGUGUCCUUCAGUGAGGGGACAUGGCGGUGUCUCCUUAGUUUUGAAGGAAGCCAAUCUCUGCCUUCACAGACAAGAGAGUCAAAGCUCAGGAUGGAUGGGAACCUGUCCAGUGUGGUACCAGACUAAUGGAUCACUGAUCGUUUUGUUUUCUUCCCAACUUUAUUGAGAUAUAAUCGACAUAUAAUAUUGUUUAAGUUUAAGAUAUACAACAUGAUGAUUUGAUAUAUGUAUAUAUUGCAAUGUGAUUACCACAAAAUAAGGUUAGUUAACACCUCCAUCACCUCACAUAAUUGUCUUUUUUUGGGGGUGGCAAGAACAUUUAAGAUCUACUCUCAGCAACUUUCAAGUAUACAAUACAGUAUUGUUAACUAUAGUCACCAUACUGUGCAUUAGAACUUAUUUCAUCUCAUAACUGAAAGUUUGUACCCUUUGACCAACAUCUCCCCAUCUCCCCCACCCGCCCAGCCCCUGGCAACCACCAAUCUGCUCUCUGUUUCUGUGAGUUCAGCUUUUUUAGAUUCCACACGUAAGUGAGGUCAUACAGUACUUCUGUUUCUCUGUCUGACUUAUUUCACUUAGCAUAACCUUAUGUCCUCCAGGUUCAUUCAUGUUGUUGCAAAAGGCAGGAUUACCUUCUUUUUUUUUUUUUGCCUGAAUAAUAUUCCAUCUAUAUUUAUAUUUCUAUCUGUAUCCAUCCAUCCAUCCAUCUAUCUAUCUAUCUAUCUAUCUAUCUAUCUAUCUAUCUAUCAAUCAAUCAUCUAUCUAUACUACAUUUUCUUUACUGAUUCACCUCGUCCAUGGGCAUUUAGGUGUUUCUACAUCUUGGCUAUUGUGAAUAAUGCUGCAGUGAACAUGAGGGUGCAGAUAUGUCUUCGAGAUAGUGAUUUCAUUUCCUUCCAGGAUAUGCCCAGCAGUGGGAUUGCUGGAUGAUCACUGAUUGAUAUUAAGUUGAAAUAUCAAGGAGGCAAGGAUGAAGCAGAGAAGGGCAGGUGGGUCUCAUAGUCCCCGUGGGUAGGAGGUUGUUGCUGAUCUAGUUCCUGGCUCUGGGUAUUUGGAAGAGUCACAGGAUGUGACUUGGGAAGCCAGUGAGCCCAUCCCCCCACGGCGUGACAAAUGGGCACUGAAGCCUCUUGAGAUGGGAGGCCCCAGUGCCUAACCAGUUGCUUCUGCUGGACUUGAAGUUCCUCUACACUCUUAAAAAAAUUUAUAUUUCUCUAAGUAUCAAAAUCAAGAAUAACUCUGACUUUUGACACCCUGUCCUGUGAUGAGAGCUUUAGCUGCUUUUGUUUCAAGAGGUUCUCCCCACCCUACUAGUCUUUGCUAACUUUGCCUGUGGUUAAAAUCUCAGAGCGUUGCUAUUAAGUUAUUUUUUUUAUAUUAUGUAUAUGUUCUUUUAAUAAUGAUUUGUAGUACUAACAUUCUCUUAAAAAUUAUUUUUUGAUUCCAUUUCUAAACUGCUUUAUUGAGAUAUAAUUGGUGUAUAAUAACAGCACAUAUUUAAAGUGUACAAUUUGAUAAGUUUUGACAUUUGUAUACACCCAUGAAACCAUCACCACAAUCACAAUAGACAUAGUCAUCACCCUCAAAAGCUUCCUCAUGUCCCCUCCUCUCGCCUCUCCCUGACCCCCACCGUCAUCCCCAGGCAACCACUGAUCUGCUUUCCGUGUCUAUAAAGUAGUUUUAAUUUUCAAUAAUUUUAUAUAAAUGAAUCAUAUGUUAUAUAUCCUUUUUUUGUCUGAUUUCUUUCACUCAGCAUAAUUAUUUUGAGAUCCAUCCACAUUAUUGCAGGUUCAAUAGUUCAUUCCUGGUAUGUGGUAUGAAUAUGUCACAAUUGUUGAUUUAUUCACCUGUUGUUGAACAUUUUUGGGUUGUUUCCAGUGUUUGGAUAUGACAAAUAAAGCCACUAUGAACAUUCA